AAUAUACUCUUUUCUUCCCCACUGCCCUUACUAAGAAAUCAAACCUUCAACAGCAACAGUCCAAAGCUACCAUUACCAAAUGCACAUACACUUCUCUGCCUACUUCGCCUAGUAAUAACUUUAUAGCAGAGAAGAUAAGGGUUUGGUGGUCAUUGAGUAGUCUUUUAGCAUUACCUUUAGCAAUAUGUCUUCAAGAUCCUUCAAAGCCUCAGAUUCCCAACAGGGUAAGCCUCCUGGUGUUACCUUUGCAAGGAGGACCUCAUCGGGUCGGUAUGUGAACUUAUCAAGGGAAUCUCUGGAUAGCGAAAUUAGUGGCAUUGAAUUUGCAAACUACACAGUGCAUAUCCCUCCAACCCCUGAUAAUCAACCUAUGGAUCCUUCAAUUUCACAGAGGGUUGAAGAGCAGUAUGUAUCAAAUUCCUUGUUUACCGGAGGUUAUAAUAGUGUGACUCGUGCUCACUUGAUGGAUAAGGUGAUUGAGUCAGAAACUAACCAUCCUCAGAUGGCUGGUGCUAAAGGUUCUUCUUGUGCUAUACCUGGUUGUGAUGGGAAAGUCAUGAGUGAUGAGAGGGGUGAAGAUAUUCUUCCUUGUGAGUGUGAUUUUAAAAUUUGCCGGGAUUGUUACAUUGAUGCUGUCAAAACUGGUGAUGGCAUGUGUCCUGGUUGUAAAGAGGCUUACAAGAACACCGAUUUGGCUGAGAAUGCUGUGGAUCCUUCUGGACGACCUCAGUCUUUACCUUCAAAUGUUGGGAUGUCUAAAAUGGAGCGGAGGUUGUCGUUGAUGCGAUCAGGUAAUAAGUCAGCGAUAAUAAGAAGCCACUCAGGGUUGAUGAGGAGUCAAGCAGGGGAUUUUGAUCAUAAUAAAUGGUUAUUCGAGACAAAAGGGACGUAUGGAUAUGGAAAUGCUAUAUGGCCAAAGGAUGAGGGAUUCGGAAAUGACAAAGAAGAUCGUGUUGGUGAGCCUUCUGAACUUCUGAACAAGCCUUGGAGGCCGCUUACACGUAAACUGAAAAUACCGGCUGUAGUUCUUAGCCCAUACCGGCUCUUGAUUCUUAUUCGCGUUGUUGUUCUUGGAUUAUUUCUUCAAUGGAGGGUCACCCAUCCAAACAAUGAUGCUAUAUGGUUAUGGUAUAUGUCCAUAAUCUGUGAGAUUUGGUUUGCAAUCUCUUGGCUACUUGACCAGCUUCCAAAGUUAUGCCCCGUCAACCGUGCUACCGAUCUUAAUGUUUUGAAAGAAAAAUUUGAAACACCAACUCCGACCAAUCCCACAGGAAAAUCUGAUCUUCCAGGUAUAGACAUAUUUGUCUCUACUGCAGAUCCUGAGAAAGAGCCACCACUAGUCACUGCAAACACGAUACUGUCUAUCCUUGCUGCUGAUUACCCUGUUGAAAAGCUUUCGUGCUAUAUUUCUGAUGAUGGAGGUGCUCUUCUGACAUUUGAAGCAAUGGCUGAAGCUGCAAGUUUUGCCAACAUUUGGGUUCCAUUUUGUCGUAAACAUGAUAUUGAACCAAGGAACCCAGAAACCUACUUCAGCUUGAAGAAAGACCCUUACAAGAAUAAAGUACGUCAAGAUUUUGUGAAGGACCGCAGACGGGUGAAGCGUGAAUAUGAUGAAUUUAAGGUUCGAAUCAAUAGCCUCCCUGAUUCAAUUCGUCGGCGUUCUGAUGCCUAUAAUGCUCGAGAAGAAAUCAAGGCCAUGAAGCUUCAGCGAGAGGCAGCUGGGGAUGAGCUUUUGGAACCCAUCAAGAUAACAAAGGCCACUUGGAUGGCAGAUGGGACCCACUGGCCUGGCACUUGGAUGGUUUCUGCUCCUGAGCACUCUAGGGGUGAUCAUGCAGGAAUCAUACAGGUUAUGUUAAAACCUCCAAGUGAUGAACCCUUACAUGGAACCUCUGUUGAUGAUGGUCUAAUUGAUUUAACAGAAGUUGAUAUUCGGCUUCCCUUGCUGGUAUAUGUCUCUCGUGAGAAGCGUCCUGGCUAUGAUCAUAACAAGAAGGCUGGAGCCAUGAAUGCCUUGGUUCGAGCUUCAGCCAUCAUGUCUAAUGGCCCCUUUAUUCUCAAUCUUGAUUGUGAUCACUACAUCUACAACUCGCAGGCAAUGAGGGAGGGAAUGUGUUUUAUGAUGGACCGAGGUGGGGAUCGAAUCUGUUAUGUUCAGUUUCCUCAACGUUUUGAGGGAAUUGAUCCUUCCGACCGUUAUGCAAAUCACAAUACUGUUUUCUUUGAUGUCAAUAUGCGUGCCCUUGAUGGACUUCAAGGUCCAAUGUAUGUUGGGACCGGUUGCCUCUUCCGCAGGACUGCUCUUUAUGGUUUUGACCCACCACGAACCAAGGAAUACCACCCUGGUUGCUGCAGCUGUUGUUUUGGUCGGCGCAAGAAUAAUGCCACUGUGUCUUCUGUCUCUGAUGACAACAGGGCACUUAGAAUGGGGGAUUUUGAUGAUGAGGAGAUGAAUCUUGCUUUGUUUCCUAAAAGGUUUGGUAAUUCAAGUUUCCUCAUUGAUUCGAUUCCGGUUGCCGAAUUCCAAGGGAGACCACUUGCUGAUCACCCCGCGGUAAAGAAUGGACGACCACCUGGUGCUUUAACUAUUCCACGGGAACUUCUUGAUGCCUCCACUNUUUUUUUUUUUUUUUUUCUGUAG